AUGUCACAAUUCUUACAAUCACUAGGAAGGAAGGUGGCUGUAGUCAAUCUGGACCCAGCAAAUGAGAAUAUACCUUAUACAGCAUCGAUUGAUAUAAGGUCUUUGAUAGACUUUGACACAUUGAUGAAGGAUGAGGAGUUGGGACCCAAUGGCGCACUGAUCUACGCCAUUGAAUACUUGGAACAGAACAUCGAUUGGCUGAUACAUGACAAUCUCAGCAAGUUCAAAGAUCACUACAUCAUCUUUGAUUGUCCAGGGCAAGUAGAGCUCUACACUCACUACAAGAGCAUGUCAAACAUACUCGAACAACUAGUUAAACAAUCAUUCAGACUCACAGUGAUACAGGUAUUCGAUUCAUUCUAUUGCAAGGCUGCUGCGACGUUCAUAUCAGUGCUGUUGGUAUCAUUAAGCUCGAUGCUACGUAUAGAGAUGCCUCAUAUCAAUGUGCUUUCAAAGAUUGACUUGAUCGAAACGAAUGGACCGUUGGACUUUAGUUUGGAGUACUACAGCGAGGUGAUGGACCUGAGUUAUCUCAACAAGUUCUUGGACAGCGAUGUGCGACACCCGCGCUACGCCGCGCUGAACAAGGCGAUUGCCGGGCUGGUCGAGGACUUUAGUCUGGUGUCAUUCCAUCCCCUCAACGUCAUGGAGAAGGAGAACAUGGCUGAGCUCAUCAAGAAGAUCGACAAGAGCAAUGGAUUCGUGUACAACUCGCUCAACUCUGACAACUCGACCAUCAUGCAAUUGACCGAGCGUUAUCAAGAUCAAUGGCAAUUUGACCUGCAUCAAGAGAAGCAGGAGAAGUAUUACAAGAGCGGUGAUAUCAAUGAACGUAAUGAUCCAUGA